AGUGGGGAUGUCCCAGCAGCAGCAGAGAGGAGGUGUGUGUGUGUGAGGAGUGUGUGUGUGUGUGUGAGCGUCAGGAUGGAGAUCCUGGUGGCGAAGCUGCUGGGCCUGCUGGGAUUGUUCGGCCUGAUGCUGGCGGGCGUCCUGGUCCCAGUGCGCCUCCUGCUGGUCGACUACGACAAGGCGCACCGAUACAGACGAGCUCUGUCGCUAGGCAACGCCUUCGGCGGCGGCGUGUUCCUCGCCACGUGCUUCAACGCUCUGCUGCCCACCGUCAGAGACAAGGUGACGGAGGUGUUCCAGCAGCUGAAGAUCAGCAGCGACUACCCUCUGGCGGAGACGAUGAUGAUGCUGGGCUUCUUCCUCACGGUGUUCGUGGAGCAGACGGUCCUCACCUUCAGGAAGGAGAAACCCUCCUUCAUCGACCUGGAGACCUUCAACGCCGGCGGCUCCGAGGCCGGCAGCGACUCCGAGUACGACACGCCCUUCAUCUCGUCCGCUCGGGGCUCGCCGGGCGGCGGCGGCGCCCACCGUUCCCACGGACACCACCACGGACACUUCAGCCCCUCGGAGCUGGCGGGGGCGGGGCCUCUGCGGCUGGUCAGCCUGGUCCUCGCCCUGUCGGCCCACUCCGUCUUCGAGGGUUUGGCGCUCGGCCUGCAGGAGGACGGCGCCAAGCUGGGCGGCCUCUUCCUGGGCGUGGCCGUGCACGAGACGCUGGCCGCCGUGGCGCUCGGCGUCAGCGUGGCCAAGGCGUCGCUCGGCAUGAAGGACGCCGCCAAGCUGGGCGUGGCGGUCAGCCUGAUGAUCCCGCUGGGCGUGGUGGUGGGGAUGGCCAUCGAGUCCACCCAGACGCUGGCGGGCAGCGUGGUCUCCGUGGUGCUGCAGGGGCUCGCCGCCGGCACCUUCCUCUUCGUCACCUUCUUCGAGAUCCUGUCCCGAGAGCUCGACGACAAACAGGACCGCCUGCUCAAAGUGCUCUUCCUCAUCCUCGGGUACGCCGCGCUCGCCGUGCUCGUCUUCAUCAAGUGGUGACACGCAGGAAGUGACACGCAGGAAGUGCUCUGACAAACAGGAAGUGCUCUGAUACACAGGAAGUACUCUGACAAACAGGAAGUGACACGCUCAGCAAUACCAAAGGAAGAGUCCAGAAACAUCUGGAGCAUCUGGAGACACAGAAACUGUUUUUUCUGCUCGGCUGCGUCUCGUUUAAAUAAAACUACAGAAAGUUAAAGGUUCACGAGGUUCAGACUCUCAGGGGUUAAACUAGAGCUGGGCGAUAUGGACUUAAAGUCAUAUCCUAAUAUAUUUAGGCUGAAUAUCGAUAUACGAUAAAUAUCCUGAUAUUUUAAACACAAAUUUAUCAAUAAACAGAAUAACAGGCGUGUUGCUGGUGUCCCUAAAUGCACCGCUGCUCUUUCAAUACAAGAACUAAAUAUGACAAACCCUAGUAAGUACACAAUUUAUAAAGAAAGAAAAAAAAUUGAACAGUAUCAAUAUAUGCGAUAUGCGAUAUUCCAUAUCACAUUUAAAAUAUAAAGAUCUAUUUCUUAUAUGGAUAUAUCGCCCAGCUCUAUGUUAAACUGAUGAAUAACCUGCAGCUCCAGUUCAGAGUCUUUGUAGGAUUCAAGGAGAAGAAGUGACAGGAUCAAUCUUUUCCUUUUUACUUGUAGUCUGACUGCAGCUGCUCUUACUGAGACGUGAACGUCACAUAUACAGUCAUGGAAAAAAUCAUUCGAGGUUCAUUUGUUUGGACAAAUUAGACAUUUUCCAUUGUUGUCUGGAUAAUGAUUCUGGUUAUUCUCAAUAAAACCAUGUUAAAUGUCUAGAUAUCAGCUCUUAAAUUAAACUCUUAUCAGCUAUUUAUGUUGUUAUCAUUAUAUUUGUCCAAACAAAUGAACCUUUAGUUGUACCAGACAUUAAAAUGAACAAGAGACUGAAGAAAACAAGGGUCUAAUAUUUUUUCCAUGACUGUACGUUCUGUCAUACAAUCCCCAUCUUGUUUCUGUUCCUGAGCAGAAACUAUCUCUUUAUUUCUGGCGUCUUCCCUCCGUUACCUCAUGACUUUUCCUCUUGUUACCCUCCUUGAGUUGUUGUAGCCGACAGCUGAAACCAGAGAAAGAAGCCAAACAAACUUCUUUCUCGCCAAAAUCUUUCUGUGUUCCUCUGAGACAGACGGACCAACAAUUCUCAUAUUUCCUUUUAGUGAUAAAAACUAUAAACAGUCAUUAAGAGAAGACUAAUUAUGGUUUUCACUUGGACUUUAACAUAUUAAGUUUAUAUAAAAGUUAUAAAGUUACAAGGUGGAGCUGGUAACAGAUAAAUGGAGCUGUAUAAACAGAAAUAGUUAUUUAAGAAUGGGAGAUUUCUGCUAGAAGGGAAUCAGUCCAGUGAAGGAAGAAGAAUGGAAUAUUAUGAAGGUUAAACUACUGAAGUUAACAAAUAUAAUAUAUAAGAAUAAUAUAUUUUCCCAGUAAAAUGCUGCUGUAUUUAACUUGUAAUCAGGGUUAAAGCUAAUAAACAUAAAUAACUUUUCUAACUAACCUCGGUCACUAUAAACAAACGCUAUGACAGCUGACUUGAUAAAUUGAAAAAUUUAUAUAAAGAAGUUUGUUCCCAUAAACCAGACAUUCACUUUCUGACGUCAUGUUUCUGUGGAAUAUGACGUCUACUCGUUUACCAAAAUUUUUUUUUUUUUUUUGUUCCAACAUGAAGAGGCGUUUAUGUCACUUUUCCAAGUCAGGAAAACGUUUCCACAAUAAUUCCGACUCCACAUGAACGCAACAUUAUUUGAGGGAUCUGUUAAACUAAAUUUCUCCCAAAAAAGCACCAAAUUUUAUCUUGUGUUUACCAGAAAUGUGCAUAGAAAAAGUUUUUUCCCAUUUACCAACAUUCACUCUCUGACGUCAUGUUUCUCUGUAAUAUGACGUCGACUCAUGAACCAAAAUUUUCAUGAAAUAUCUAAGUUUAAGUUACGUUUUUGCUCUAACUUGAGGGGCGUUCAUGUGACUUUCCCAUGUCUGGAAAACAUAAAACAACAGAUCUGUGAAACUAAAUUUAUCUACAAAAAAUAAUGAAAAAUCAUCGCCUUAAAUCUUGUGUUUACCAGAGAUGUGCUCAGAAGAUUCUGAGGAAAAAACAUAACAAAAACUGAAAAAAAUGAUUUGAAAAAGUUUAACAUUAACCCGACAUUCACUUUCUGACGUCAUGUUUCUGUGUAAUAUGAAGUCGACUUGGUACCAAAAUUGUCACAAACAUUUUGUGUUUUUGCAACUUGAAGGGGCUUUUAAACAUUAAUUAACAGAUCUGUGAAACUAAAUUUCUCCACAAAAAAUCAUGAAAAAUCAUCACUUUUUAUCUUGUGUUUACCAGAGAUGUGAUCAGAAGAUUCUGAGGUAAAAAAAAAAAGUCAACUUAUCGACUAAAAAGCCCAAAACAAUCAGAUUUACAUCCCAAAGCUUCACAGAUGAAACCGAGAAGAUUAAAAAUCACUGUGUGCAGCUUGUUAGUAAGUUUAUUAAUAAGAAAGUUCUCCUACUUUAUGUGCCUAAACCUUUUGUUUUCCUCUUUCUGUGGGAUCUAAAGGUGUCAAAUAACCUUUUUUAUACUAUUAUUAUUAUAUCUAUAAGUCUCUAUAAGUUUAAAAUGAUGGAAUGAGGACAAAAUUAAGUUUUAUUCUCAUGUUUAAACCAAAAGUUUAUCGUGGAAGAACUCUGAUUAUUGUAAUAAUGGAGUUAAAAGUCCUGCAUUCAAGAUUGAACUUAAAAUCCAAAAGUAGUGGCAUUAAAAUAUGUUUAUAUAUGAUAUUAUAGUUAUUGAUGCAUUAAUGUCACUUUAAACGUGGAGCUCAGUUUCAUGACUUUCUGCUGGUAGUUUGUGGAUUUUUUUCCUCCUGGGAUCAAUAAAGUUUUCUAUCUUAAUAUUUAAUAAUAAUUUAAUAGUU